AUGGGGCUUACUCACUACCCACGUUCAGACAAGGCUGAGCUGAUCAUCAAUCCGGAGGACGAUGAUACCUACAGGACAUACAUCAAAGCCAUGAAAGAAUUCUUAGAAUCCUAUGACACAGAAAAACAGGGGGACCUAAUGACGUUUGAGGACUGUGGAGAUCAACCCGGGAAAUACAAGAACAGAGGCGAUCUAGAAAGUGACAUGGGUGUCAGAAAGGCAUGCCAGUUUUCGAAGUCUUUCCUAGGACCCUGUUCUGGCAUUGAAGAUCGUAAUUUUGGAUUCUCAGAGGGGAAGCCCUGCUUGAUUGUCAAGCUCAACAGGAUUGUAAACUUCAGACCUAAGCCACCAGCAUCAAAUGAAAGCAUUCCAGAAGAGGCAAAGCACAAAGUCCAGCCCAACGUGAUUCCCAUCCACUGCACAAACAAGAAAGAAGAGGAUGCAGGUAAGCUCGGUGAAGUGAAGUACUACGGUAUCGGAGGAGGCUUUCCUCUUCAGUAUUACCCCUACUAUGGGAAACGCCUGCACUCUCAUUACCUGCAGCCCCUGGUGGCCAUCCAGUUCGUCAACAUCAGCCUGAACACGGAGAUCCGCGUGGAGUGCAAAGUGUUUGGGGAAAACAUUUAUUACAGCGACAAGGAUCGCUAUCAGGGACGAUUCGAUGUUAAAAUCGGUGUCAUGACCAAAUCAACAUGACCUCUGAACGGAGUACCUCCACUCUCUCCCUAUUUAAAGGCAAACUAAGGCCCCUCUUCUGACUUGAGAUACAAAGGCAGCAGAGAGAAGUUUCCACCGGUCUUCCACAGUGUUUAACCGAGGGGAUGUUUUUUGAAUGUACAAGUGUCUCAUGUCAGAAAGAGGCCUCAUUUUAGUUUAGGAGAGAUUAAUUAAAAAAUAAAAUAAAAUAAACAAAAAGUGAAUAAAAAAUUAUUUUAAAACACUAGUCUAAAACAACAUACCAUCUUACACAUGUGGGACCUAACAUUGUCUGUACUCUUUACUUCAAGCUUUCUGCUUUCAGGUUAGGGUUAGAAUGUAAAUGCCUGGAGGAUUAGCCAUAGCAUAAAAUAUUUAUUCUACUACCGAAUAAGAAGUGUCCACGAUCAAAGGGGCAUGUUGUUUUACUGUAAAUUACAUUUCCUCUACCGAUGUAGCCAGCACUGUUUUGUCCCUCUUGUAUUGUAUUGUUGCCUUGUGUGAUUUCUCUAUAUUUAAAACGUGCACAGUAGUUGCAUAUGUAGGUUGCUUUGAGCCACGCCAUGUGUGUGAUUAAGCUUCAUUUGUCAAACGUGCCUACAUACAUGUAUAGUUACUUAAUGGAAAUACACUGGCCUCUUAACAUUGCCUUUCGGGGGUAUUGAUGUUCUAUCUUUGCAUCUUUUAGGUGUAUUAGGUGGGUGUUGAACCUUUUUUUCCACUAAAAUCACUACAGUGUAUGAGGGGAAGAUUGUACUUCUCUUUUAAUGAUUCGUUUUCUCUGACUGUAGAUGUUGCCUUUGGUUUUAUGCUGUCAUUCACGUGCAGAGGGAACCGC